GCAACUUUUACUUCCGGCCUGCGUAUACGACCAUCGCGCUUGAUUUCGUGGGAUCGUUCCGUUCGUUCUCCGCAGUGUCCGCGCAUCGUACCACUGUUGUCGCAGCGUUAUUCCAACGUCUUGCCAGACUAUCGCCUGCGCUUCGCAGCUGUAUACCAUCCGAGGGAUCUCUUUUGUUUGUCGUAUGUCCAUCCAGAAUCUUAACACAUUCGACCCCUUUGCAGAUGCAAUUAAGGGUUCAGACGAUGACGUCCAAGACGGCCUUGUGCAUAUAAGGAUCCAGCAGCGGAAUGGUCGUAAGACCUUAACAACGGUGCAAGGACUCUCCUCUGAAUAUGACUUGAAGAAAAUCGUGAGAGCAUGUAAAAAGGAGUUUGCGUGCAAUGGGACAGUAAUAGAGCACCCGGAGUACGGGGAGGUGCUGCAGCUGCAGGGGGACCAGCGAGAGAAUAUAUGCCAGUGGCUGACAAAAUCAGGUCUGGCAAAACCCGACCAGCUGAAGGUUCAUGGUUUUUAAUCGACAAGCCAGCAACAAUAGUCAUCAUCCAUGCCACUACCUACAAGAACAGCAGCAGCAACAACAACGGACAG